AUGCGCAUGUCUUGCAAAUACAUGGAUCUUUCCCUCUCGGGCAAUCACUGGUGCAAUCGUGACUACGGCCCUUUCGUCGCCAACCCCAGCUCCUACCACUACUCCAAUCGAAAUGGAUCGUACUACUACAGCAACCCGAACGGCUCGACGUAUUACAACAACGGCCAUGGGUACUCCAAGUACACGCCGCCCGGCAACUCCAGCAACGGUAGCUACGAGAUCGCCUCCAGCGGCACCAACGACCAGGGCAACCACUACUGCUCUCGCGACUACGGUUCCGACGCUGCCAAUGACAACUCCUACCACUACUCCAACACGGACGGCUCGUACUACUAUAGCAACUCCGAUGGCUCGACCUACUACAACUCGGGUGAUGGCUACUCCCAGUACACCCCCGGCGGCAAAUGA